AUGGGGAAGAUUAUUUUCUAUGAGCAUAAGAACUUUGGAGGUCGCCAUCAUGAGUGCAACGGCGAUUGUGCUGAUCUGCGCUCCUACUUCAGUUGUUGUAACUCUAUCAAGGUGGAGAGCGGCUGUUUCAUGAUUUAUGAACAGUCUGACUACACGGGUAAUCAGUACUUCUUGAAGAAAGGAGACUACACUGAAUAUCAUCUCUGGAUGGGCUCAAACGAUUCUGUAUGCUCCUGUUGCGCGAUUCCCACGUCCUCCUUCAAAAUCCACCUCUAUGAGAGAAUGGAGUUUGGAGGGCAAAUGAUGGACCUGACAGAAGACUGUCCCUGCCUCAUGGAUCGCUUCCACAUGAAUGACAUCUUUUCCUGCAAGGUAAUGACUGGACACUGGCUCUUCUAUGAGCGACCAAAUUUCAGAGGCAGGAUGUACCUCAUUAAGCCUGGAGAAUACAAGAGAUUCAGUGAAUGGGGUGGCAUUAAUGCACGUGUAGGCUCCAUCAAACGUAUUUUGGAUUACUAG